CCUCUUUUAUAAAGAGGACACUGGAUAUUUUCUGCAUUAUGAUUGUAAUUAUUUUUAAUGUUACAGAACUCAGAAGGUGCAUAUGGAAUAAAGUACUGUCCCCAGAACUACGUGCCUUGCUACACUACAGCCAGCAUUGUGGAACAUUUCUGUACAAAGAACACUGAAAAUUCAGCUAAAGAGUUUAAAAACAAAACUUCUUGCUGGUGGACUUCUUUCAUCUUACAACUCAGUCUCUCAUCCAUCCAGAAAAAAAGCCACAUACAGUAAGGAAGAAAGCCAGUUUGGAGAAGAAUUCUGCAUUUCCAAAGUCAUUCUCUUGGGUGUUAUUUUUCCAAAGCUUGUGCCAUAAUAAUAUGAGUGAAGAAAAUGCUGUCAAGAGAGAUGAGAUGCACAAGCCAUCGCUGUUAAUGGAUAAUGGAAACUGUGACCCUGAAGCUGUAAAACCUAACACAAAGGAGAUGGAUAAUAAAGAUGCCUAUGUACUUCCUAUAAGAUAUGCACAAAAUCCUGCAGAAACAGGAGAGACCACCUUUCUGCAGGAAAAUGGUCAAGAAAGCAAUCAGGAACAUGACUGCUCCUCAGAAGAAAGCCAGCUUCAGAAGGGACUUUGCUCGUGUCCCCCACAUGGCAUCUUAGCCAAUGUGAUUACAAAAGUUAUGAUGGCAGCACUACUGUUUGGAGUUGUCUGGUCAAUUACAGGAGAUGAGUGUUUACCUGGAGGAAAUCUGUUUGGGAUAUUGCUGUUACUAUUCUGUGCUGUCGUAGCAGGAAAAUUAUUUGGUCUGAUUAAAAUACCAACCUUACCACCUUUGCCCCCUUUGUUAGGAAUGCUGCUAGCAGGAUUUGUUCUUCAUAAUGUUCCAGUUGUCAAUACAGCUGUUAAUAUAAGUCAGAAGUGGUCUUCCUCUCUAAGGAGCAUUGCUCUUGCAGUUAUUUUGACAAGAGCUGGACUUGGACUUGAUGCAAAGGCUCUUCGAAAACUGAAGGCCGUGUGUGUAAGGCUUGCAUUUGGCCCGUGUUUAACAGAGGCAUGUUCUGUGGCUGUUUUGAGUCACUUUCUUUUGCAGAUUCCUUGGAUUUGGGGAUUUAUCCUAGGGUUUGUUUUAGGUGCUGUGUCUCCCGCUGUUGUAGUUCCUUCCAUGCUAAUUCUCCAGAAGGAUGGCUAUGGUGUUGAACAAGGUGUCCCAACACUUUUAAUGGCAGCUGGCAGUUUUGAUGACAUUCUGGCCAUCACUGGCUUUAACACUUGCUUGGGAAUGGCGUUUUCCACAGGUUCAUCUUUGUACAAUAUCUUUAGAGGAAGCAUGGAAGUGGUUGGUGGUAUUAUUGCAGGAGUAGCAACGGGUUUCUUUUUGCAGUUCUUUCCAAGUAAAGACCAGAAAAGCCUUGUUGUGAAGAGGAGCACAUUGCUUCUGGGGCUGGCUGUGUUUGCAGUUUUUGGCAGCGGUCGGGCUGGUUUCCCUGGAUCAGGAGGCCUCUGCACACUUGUGAUGUCGUUUCUUGCUGGAGUUGGGUGGGCAGACUCAAAGGGUGUUGUAGAAGAUAUUGUUGGAGUUGCCUGGAAUAUUUUCCAACCACUUCUUUUUGGUCUUAUUGGAGCAGAAAUAUCUAUAACUUCAUUGAACCCAAAUACAGUGGGUCUUGGUGUGGCAGCUCUUGUUGCUGCCCUUGCAGUACGAAUACUUUGCACUUUCCUCAUGGUGUCAUUUGCUGGAUUCAGUUUAAAAGAAAAGAUUUUUGUGUCUCUUGCUUGGGUGCCAAAAGCAACAGUUCAGGCUGCAAUAGGUCCUGUUGCAUUGGAUACAGCUAGAGAAAAACAUGAUGUGCAGCUGGAGGCAUAUGGUAUGGAUAUUCUUACUGUGGCAUUUUUAUCAAUCCUUAUCACCGCACCAAUAGGAGCUCUGGCUAUUGGCUUGGCUGGACCAAGACUCUUACAAAAACCUAAAGUAGUGCAGCAGGAUAAUGAACAUGCAGAUUCUCCAGGACUGAGUGGCAAAACUGCACAGGAACUGGAACAGUCUAAUGGAGCUGAAGGUCCACUCUGAACUUGCACUGACUAGUGAUCACAUCUGUUUCAUAUGUGAAUUAAUGAACUUUUCACUCUGAAUUACAUUUAUAACAGCAUCACGUUUUUCAGAUAUCGAAAGUAUGUUUUUAAGCAAAACCAAUUAAGAUUCUUCUGGCUUCAACUAUAAAGAAUUUUUUCAGUAUUAAGCAGGCAGAAAAAUUACUUUUCCUGUUCUAAAAGUUCCUACUUUAGUCCAAAGAUUCUUUUAGGCUCAUGGGUGAGAGAGAACUGCUUUGAUGCGAGUGAGUCUCAGGAGAAAUCAAUGAUGAGUUCACUUUAUUGUACUUUUGAAUGUUGGAACAGGCCAUGACCCCCAUUUUCCCUGAAAUAUGCCAAGCUGGACAUGAUAAAUAGACAGAUGAUCUAUCAUAAUUUCAUUUUUUUAAAUAUUUUUCAUUUUGAUGAAAACUCACAGUUGUAGACAUUCAAACUACAGUAAGUAAAUUGUAUAAAAUUUGUGGUCAAAUGGAUCUCAAUGAUGUUGCAUUAAGGAGUGAUAUUUUAGUCUACUGAAAAUUUUUUAAAUCAUGUUUUGGGAAGUAUAUAAUUAAAUAUUCUUAAUUUGGGUCAUAGGUGAUCCAUUUAAUGUCAGUUAAGAAGCCCAAAACAAACCCUGAUGUAACAUGGUACAGUGGCUUUUUGAGCACCACCCCCUUGUGGAGCUAAUCAAAUUUUAUAUGUUUGAUGAAAUUUAGUAACCUUUGCAUUAUACAUCAGUCAUGAUGUGUGACAUGCCCAGUCAUUUAUGUCUUUCUAAACAUACCCAUUUCAAGAUGUACCACGCCCUUAAUUCAUAUGAAACAUACACUACGGUUAAAUUAGGGAGGUGUUACGCUUGAGUAAUGCCAACUAUUGAGUAGAUGUGUUUGUAGUGGAUAGGUCAUGUAGGAUGACUAUCAAAAAAGGUAGUGAGGUACAGUGCUGUGAGCCACAGCCAGUCCUGUCUCAGAGUGUGUCAGACUUUCUGAUGUGUAAAUGAUCUGAUGUAAACAUACGAUUUAAUUGGCUGUUUAGCACAGCUCCCUAAACACAGAUUUACAGAGGUCUGCAGCUAGACCUUCACCUCCUUUUUCAAUGGAGAGGUAGGUCAAAAUGUCAGAAGUCCAGUUUAAGCUUUCCUGGCAUAUUGCAUUGUAUGUUUUACAUUUUUUUGUUAUUUCACAUGUUGGGGCUUCAUAUAAAAAUAAACCUGCCACUACAUGAACAGAUUUGAGGGUGUUUAAUCUUAAAAACAAGUCAGGUAAAAUUGUGGCAAAAGAAGUCCAUUCCAUUCUUUUAGUGGUAGUUAUUGGCUUUUAAUUAAGGACAUGGCUGAAACGAAAACCUGCAGCCCCUGUGACCAACUGGGAUCUCACUUUGACAACUCUGGUUUAAGGUUUUUGACACAAGGUGAAUUUUCUUUGCAAAUCAUUUAUACCUUAAAAAUAUCAUGGGCAGUGGUGUCAGUGAUUACAAGAGGUGUGUUGUGUCACAAAUAUUUAAAACAAUUGUGUUAAAAAAUCCUCUGUAGUGAGAUGUUUUUUCAGAAGAGGAUGAUUUGAAAAACUGUGAAAGCUUAAAAAUGCUGUAAACGUAUCUUUAGAUAGAUAGGAAUUAUUGAGCAAACCCAGGUUGUCAGAAUAGGUGCCCAAAAAAGUGGGUCUGUCUAUCUAUCUAUCAUCCCCUGUCUCUAAUUGAUUAACUAUCGUCACCCCUUCACCACCUAACCACUAAU